GGAGUAGCGCUUUGGGGGCGCGCGCCCGCACGCGUGCCUACGGUCGGCUCUGCGUUUGCGCAGCCGUUGCCCGUCUCCUGCCCGAGAAAAGUCUCCCCCCAGCUGCGAACUCCGGAAAUUCACCCUUCCACCCGGAAAUGUUUGUUGAGGAACAUGGCGCUGCUGUGGCGAGUCCUUAAGGGCCAACCUGGUAUCACUCAGUGGGUAACAGCAUGCAGCCAAUUGACACCCUUAUUUCUUUCCCAAAGACAGUGGCUCCAGACAUCCUUUGGCAUUUUCCAGUGGUCCCAGAAGAGCCUUUCCCAAGUGGAUGGUGUAUCAGAACAGAUCAUUGGAAUAGGCCCACAGCCAAACAGGACAUAUCAUACUACAGUCCAGCUUCUAAAUUCUAAGGACUCCUCAAAACCCAUUGAAGAGAAGGUUGGUGCCCUUACAAAGAUAAUAGAAGCCAUGGGAUUCACAGGACCAUUGAAAUACAGUAGAUGGAAGAUAAAGAUUGCUGCUCUGCGCAUGUACACUAGCUGUGUGGAGAAAACUGACUUCGAGGAAUUCUUUCUAAGGUGCCAGAUGCCUGAUACAUUCAACUCUUGGUUUCUUAUUACUCUGCUUCAUGUCUGGAUGUGUCUUGUACGGAUGAAGCAGGAGGGCCGUUCAGGGAGCUACAUGUGUCGUAUCAUAGUUCAUUUUAUGUGGGAGGACGUCGAGCAGCGUGGCAGAGUCAUGGGGGUAAAUUCCUAUAUCCUGAAGAAGAACAUGCUGAUCAUGACAAAUAAUUUCUAUGCAGGAAUCUUGGGAUAUGAUGAGGGCAUCCUGUCAGAUGAUCAUGGGCUGGCUGCUGCUCUCUGGAGGACUUUUUUUAAUCAGCAAUGUGAAGACCCCCGACAAUUGGAGCUACUGGUAGAGUAUGUUAGGAAGCAGAUGCAGUACCUGGAUUCCAUGAAUGGGGAAGAACUUCUCUUAACUGGGGAGGUGACUUGGCGCCCUCUCGUGGAGAAAAAUCCCCAAAGCGUUCUUAAACCCAACUUACCAACAUACAAUGAUGAAGGCCUUUGAGGGGUGGUCCCUUCAAGCUAUGGAGCAGCUGCCUUUGAGGAGAAGCUAGGAACAAGGUACCUGCCACCCCGGGCCCAGCAGGAAGAGGCCGGAUUAACCAUUGAACAACAUCUGUAGAACACCUGGCCCCUGUUUGUAUUGAUUUCCCUUUUAAUGCGCCCUGAAGUUGGCCUGGGGGGUACUGGGUGGGGCCACUUUGCAGCAGGGUGCUGGGAGACAUGCAAGCUGUCCCAAGGAACUCACUGGGGAAGAGCUUUCUCCUCCAAGAAAUUCUGCAGGGACCUCCCCUCCCCUCCCCAGACAGCUAUGUGUGUAUGCUUUCCCCAGGGCCCUUGUGGGGGAGGUGAUAGAAGAAGGCACCCCCAGUCCUAGGCCUUCUUUACCCAUGGAAUUCUUUGCAAUGCUACUGAGAGCAGAUGGAUUGGGAUGCAUCUAUCCCUCCACAUGAAGCAGAGCGUCGAGUUGGGAAUUAAAAGAAAUAGAGAAUUAUCUCUGCCACGGUUUUUCUUUGUUUUGGAGAUGUUGCUGAAAGUCAUUUGAGGUGGAGUUAGCAUAAGCUGUGGGGUGCCCCCCCCCGAAAGUGGUUGGCAAGGACCAACUCUCAGGAGUCCCCAUUCAUUGACUCCCAAAGCAGAUCCUCUUUCUGGAGAUGCUGUAGUCAUUCUGAGGACAGCCAGGCCCCAGAGGCUACUCACCUCGCAGUUCCCUAAAGGACCUCAACUUGCACCAGGACAGCAUGCCCUCCUCUCUCUGAGUCCACCUUGAUGCACCAGAUGGAAAACAUGAUCUCAUCUUUUCUUUCUGUUUCCCUUCUUUAGGAGGAUUUGGCUAGGGGAGGAAGGAUUCCUCCUUCCUUCAGUAGUGUGAUGGGGCCUGGGGUCCAGGGCCCAGUCAUGCACCAGUCUCUUCUUUAUAUUCCUGAACUGGCUUGUCCUUCUGCCCAAAUUCAGAGUGACCCCCAUCACCAGGCUUUGGGGACCUGACCCCUCCCUUUCUGGAUGCGGCCACCUCCCCAGGGUAUUUUCUUUGGAUUGGGAAAAAAAAAAGUCGUAUUGUUCAUUUUUUUUUCCCAAAGCAAACUUCCUCCAUUUAACUUGUUAUAAAAUGAGUCAUAUAAAGAAACUCUAUAUGUGUGAGGUAUAUAUCCCACUUCUGUGAAAACAUUACAAACCAAACAGCCUUCUCUCAGUUUAUUUAAGAUGCUUUUGUUGCAAGUUGAGCUCUAGAGAGAAGCCUCCUGUGUGUGUGAGAUAAUAACACCUUGUAACUCAUUACAGCUGGGCAAUAUUCACAUAAAACAGGACUGAGCAAGGCAGGAAUUUGCUGAUUAAUUUAUUUUUAAUGGAGUGAAGUAUACCAAAAUAAACUUUACUGUGUGUACCUAA